UUAAAAUUAAUUAUUUAGCGAUGUCUGAUCUGCUGAACACAUUCACAACUACGAAUAGCAAUGCGUUUAAAUGGCCGUACCAAAGACCGCUGCUGGCAAUUCCGAGUCAACCACCUGAAAAUAUUUAUAGAAAUUCAAAUUUAUAUCUUCCUCGGAUAGAUCCAGACGAAUGUAAAUGUAAUUACCACAAAACUGAUACUGAGUUAACCAGGUAUAAAGAGUUGAUGGGAAUUGAACAUCACCUCUGCAACAACGUCGUUAAAGUAAACCGUGAAAUAACUAAAUUGGUGUCCAGUAUGCUGGAAAACUCAAAAAAUGAUGAAGAAGUUAUGAAAAGUGUCUACCAAAUUUCUCAUCAGCGAAAAGACGCGCCUCUUACAGAUUACAGGUCAUUAAUGGCAGCAGUUGAUGCUCCAGUCGGGUUCCCGAUUGAACCGGAUACUCUGGAACUUCGGGAAGCUUAUAGAGAUCCUACGAGGUUUCGGUAUAGUUCUCAUGAUACUCCAGCUAUUCAACCGGCAGAGCCGAUUAAUUUUAAACGAGUUCCUGAAGUGUUCAACAUGUGGAACAAGCCAUUCACAGGACGCUCGGAGUACAUGGACACCAUCAGCAAGCUUGGAUUGAGUAAUUUAAAGCACUACCAGCAGCAUCUUGAGCCCUGUUUGUCUUCCAGAAGACGCUGGGGUGAUCAAAGUCUCUGA